UCGCCUGAAACAGACACCAGAAACAAGUUAUAAACGUUAGUUGUUUGUGUUACGUCGGUUGCGUUUUAAUAAGAUCCAAUAACUCAUUUCAGUUCAAAUUGAGAAGUUGUGUUGUUGCAAACGACAGUGCAUUGUAUGUAAAUUGGCGCAAAUGCGAAUUUAGUUUAAGUUUAAAAUUAUAUACGUACACAAUCAGAGAGUGCUGUUGCAUUAUAGCUUGUAACAUUUGUUCAAUUUGUGAGUACGUACACGAAAGGUUAACUCAUUUUGUUUUCUGUCUGGAAAAACUGGAAGUGAAUUUUAAGUAGAAAAGUUGUGAAAACUUGCAUAAUGUCUGCGGCUAAAAUACCACGUCUGAGUAAUAAGUCUUCAAACGGAAAUACGGAUGCAAACGGAAAUGGUAACAAAAGCGACGAAAUUGAGGAUUGGGUUCCGGAAGAUGGGACAAGAUAUCCAGAUGGGACUGUUAAGCUUCGAAAUCCCAAUAUCGAACUUAUGGAUCAAGAUAUUCUCUAUCAUCUUGCUCUCGGUAGUGGAAGUCACGAUCUUCAAGAAAUGUUUGGCGAUGUUAAGUUUGUCUGCAUGGGAGGAACGCCAAAACGUAUGGAAACAUUUGCACAUUAUAUAAUGGGAGAGAUAGGUUACAAGCUACCGGCCGGAACGCAAUUACAAGACAUUAGUGCAUUUUCCUACAGAUACUCCAUGUACAAGGUCGGUCCUGUUCUGUCAAUAAGCCAUGGAAUGGGUGUCCCGUCGGUUGGCAUUUUAUUGCACGAAAUGAUUAAGCUCAUGUACCAUGCCAAGUGUAAAGAUCCCAUUUUCAUUCGUAUUGGCACUUGCGGAGGAAUUGGUGUUGAAGGUGGAACUGUUGUCAUAACCGAGGAAGCUGUUGAUGGCUUACUGAGAAACACAUACGAGCUGUCAAUUCUUGGACAAGUUGUGCACAGACCAGCUAAACUAGAUAAGAGGUUAGCCCGUGAAUUGAAGUCAUUAGCUGAUCCCGACGAAGACCCGUACGAAACGGUUAUAGGAAAGACGAUGUGCACUCACGAUUUUUAUGAAGGCCAGGGACGUCUUGACGGAGCAUUUUGUGACUUUACCGAGAGCGACAAAAUGGGCUAUUUGAAUAAGCUCCACGAUUUUGGUGUUGUUAAUAUCGAAAUGGAAAGUACAAUUUUCGCCGCAUUGACACAUCAUGCUGGCAUUCGAGCAGCAGUCGUAUGCGUCACUCUCUUAGAUAGAUUGAAAGGAGAUCAGGUAAAUACGCCGAAAGAGGUGAUGAACGAAUGGCAGAAACGACCACAGUUUUUAGUAUCGAGAUUAAUAAAGAAACAUUUGGCACAAGGCGGUCAAUUGAAGACAUUGGUGUCACAUGGGUCGAUACGAUCUCCACGUCGAUUUAAAUUAGUGCAGCAGGAAUCUGAAGCUCACGAGUAAAAACGAGACAAAGGUAAAGAGAAAUUUGUUUUCCGUUUUGUCUUUUUUUUUUCAUUUUCUUCUUAUUUUUACGUUAAACAAGACGACAAAUUCUUAUUUUAACACAAUGAGAUGAGAUGAUCUGGAGAUAUUCGUUAAGUAUAAAUCACUAAAAACAAACAUUAAAAUAUCAACUGACUAAAAGAAAUGAACAUUUUGAUGUAUACCAUCGCGGUAUAUACUUACU